AGAGUGGGGAAGUGUGGGUUCUGUACUGUCUUAGCCUGUCCCCCCCACCCAACACAGACACACACUCUUUCUCUCUCUCUCUCUCUUUCUUUCUCUCUCUAUCUCUAUGAGCUUAACAGUCUAAAUCCAAAAGGCACUACCACAUUGGCUUUUCUUGCCUUUUGUUUAUGUGCUUCCUAUGCAAUUGUCUAUGUCUGCUGCUUCUGCUCCCUCUUCUCAGUACCUGCAAAUGGGGGUGGAAUCAUACGUUGAAUUUCUUGUUAUUAUUUAAUAUAUAUUCUUCUCUCUUCUUUUCUUAUCUUUUAAAAAAAUCCUGUCUUGGUAUCCUUCUCAACAUGACUUUCUUGUUCUUUUCUGUUCAUCCAGUUCCACUUGAUUUAACACUUCUCCAAAUAUGAAUUCUUUCUCACAAUCUAACCUCUUUUUCCAUGGUAUUUAUACUUUCCACUUUCUGGGGUUUCCUUUUCUCAACUCCACUUGGUGACACACUCUUUGUUGCCUCCCUUCAAGUUGUGAAUUUUCUCGUGGGGUGUUUUUGUUGCUUCCUUGUUCUUUUGGCUUCCAUUUGAGCCUACACCACUAGGUGUUCAUGGAAAUUGAUCUGAACCAUGAAGUGACUGAGGCUGAGAAGAAUGCAUUCUGUGAUAGGGAAUGUGAGAAAGGUGCUGGUGCUGGUGCUGGUAUUACUUGUUGGUCCUCUUCCACUUGUUCGUCCUCUUCAGCAGCUUGUGUGUCCUCUUCUUACCUUGAGCUUUGGCAUGCUUGUGCUGGCCCUCUCACUUCUCUUCUCAAGAAAGGAAAUGUGGUUGUCUAUUUUCCACAAGGUCACUUAGAACAGGUUGCAUCUUUCUCUCCUUUCACACCGUUGGAGAUUCCCACCUAUGAUCUUCAGCCACAGAUCUUUUGCAGGGUUGUCAAUGUCCAACUACUUGCCAACAAGGAGAAUGAUGAGGUUUAUACACAGGUUACUUUGCUUCCUCAGCCGGAGUUGGAAGGGAUGUAUUCAGAGGGCAAAGAACUUGAGGAAUUGGGAGCAGAAGAGGAUGGAGAUGAAAGAUCACCAACUAAAUCAACCCCUCACAUGUUCUGCAAAACACUAACUGCCUCUGAUACCAGCACACAUGGGGGCUUUUCUGUUCCUCGUAGAGCUGCUGAAGACUGUUUUCCUCCUUUGGACUAUAAGCAGCAGAGGCCAUCACAAGAGCUUGUUGCCAAAGACCUGCAUGGUGUGGAGUGGAAAUUUCGUCACAUUUACAGAGGUCAGCCAAGGCGGCAUCUACUCACUACUGGCUGGAGCAUUUUUGUAAGCCAAAAGAAUCUUGUCUCUGGUGAUGCAGUGCUCUUCCUAAGGGGUGAAAAUGGUGAACUGAGAUUGGGAAUCAGAAGAGCUGUUAGACCUAGAAAUGAUCUUCCUGAAUCGGUUAUCGGUAGCCAGAACUGCUAUUCCAAUGUCCUUUCUUCUGUGGCAAAUGCAAUAUCCACCAAAAGCAAGUUUCAUGUUUUCUACAGUCCAAGAGCAAGUCACGCAGACUUUGUUGUUCCCUACCAAAAGUAUGUUAAAAGCAUCAAGAAUCCAGUGAGCAUUGGAACAAGAUUUAAAAUGAGAUUUGAAAUGGACGAAUCUCAAGAGAGAAGGUGUAGUAGUGGGACGUUGAUUGCAACGAGUGAUUUGGAUCCUUAUAGAUGGGCCAAAUCAAAAUGGAGGUGUUUGAUGGUCAGAUGGGAUGAGGAUAUUGAAACUAAUCAUCAAGACCGAGUAUCUCCAUGGGAGAUUGAUCCUUCUGCUCCUCUGCCCCCCUUGAGCAUUCAGUCUUCUCCAAGACUGAAGAAACUGCGGACAGGUCUACAGGUUGCCUCACCUAGUCACCUCAUCACUGCAGCACGAGGCAGUGGAUUGGUAGGCUUUGAGGAGUCUGUAAGAUCACCCAAGGUCUUGCAAGGUCAAGAAAAUGCAGGUUUUGUGUCAUUCUACUACGGAUGCGACACAGUAACCAAGCCACCAGGUUUUGAGAUGAGCUCUCCGAGUCAUCCAAAUCUUGGAUCAGCUGAAGUAAGAAAGGUUUCCUCUUCUGAGCUGAGUAGUGCCCACCCUUUCAGUUAUGCAGGCUUUGUGGAAACUAACAGGUUUCCGAGGGUCUUGCAAGGUCAAGAAAUAUGUUCAUUGAAAUCCCUGACAGGAAAGGUUGAUUUGAACCUUGGUGCUUGGGGAAUGCCCAAUCUAAGUUGCACAACUUUCAACCUCCACCAGGCAACCAAACCAAACUUUCAACCUUCAUUGUUUCCUUACGGGGAUAUUCACCAAGCCGGUCAAGCUAGCUUGUUUUGCUCAAAAUCCACCACUUUCCAGAGAGAAAAUGUCCCAUUUAACAAGCCAUCCACUCAGGCAGGGAUCAUUGUAAAUGAAGUUGGAAGAUCAGAUCUCCCAAAUGAGCAUAAGCUGCAGGACAAUAUUUCUUCUGCUGCAAAUAUGGGGGUUUCUAAUGACAACAAUGUCCAGGGAAAGGUAAAUGCCUGCAAACUAUUCGGGUUUUCUUUGUCUGGGGAAACUACUGCCCAAAAUUUACAGAACUCUGCUAAAAGGAGCUGCACCAAGGUUCAUAAGCAAGGCAGCUUAGUUGGAAGAGCUAUUGAUCUUUCAAGACUUAGCGGCUACAAUGAUCUGCUAAGUGAACUAGAGAGACUGUUUAGCAUGGAAGGCCUUCUAAAAGAUCCUGAUAAGGGAUGGAGGAUUCUCUACACUGACAGUGAGAAUGACAUAAUGGUUGUGGGGGAUGAUCCUUGGCAUGAGUUUUGUGAUGUGGUGUCCAAGAUCCACAUAUACACCCAAGAAGAAGUGGAAAAGAUGACAAUUGGGAUGAUCAGUGAUGAUACUCAUAGCUGUUUGGAAGAGGCACCAGUGAUUAUGGAGGCUUCAAAGUCUUCCUCGGUGGGUCAGCCAGAUUAUUCUCCAACGGCUGUUAGAGUCUAAUAGUUUCAGGGUUGUCUUAAAUAUUUUAUAUGUUGGUCCUGUCUCUGUACAAGAUUAAUCUACAAAUGUUUUUAUGCUGUGUUUGGUUGCUACCCUGACCUUUGAGGUUGUAGGCCCAGCAAAAAUUGCAUGGUCAGAGCAUGAAAGACUGACAAAUGAGUGCAUUAAAUUAGCUAAAUAAGGGCUAGCCUUGACAUCAUAUAAUACGCCAUUAUGGCUUACGUACUAUGGAAUAAUGCUGAUGGUGAUGGGUUUCCAGAUCUUCCAUUCCA